GAAGAAUUGUCUGCUGAAGUGUUCCAAAUCAAUGAGAGCGAAUGGUCUCUGCUCCCUGACAUGAAUCACUCACACCAUGGGCAUGUAGCCCUAACUUUAGCUGGAUGUAUCUACGCCAUUGGUGGAUUCGAGUCUGAGCUCGUGGAAUACUUUGAUCCUGACAAGUCUACCUGGACUAGCGUCUCGGCAAUGGCCCAUAAGUAA